AUUUUAGCGGAGCAGAAACAGACGGGGUGUAGAGGCUGAAGCAGUGAAAGGUUGGGUCUGUACUAGAGAGAGAGAGAGAGAGACUGGAGCUGUGAAAGUUUUCAAUAAUCUCUCUCUGCGUGAGAGAGAGAGAGAGAGUGUUCCAAAGCCUUUCUGUAGAAAGAAAGUGAAAAUGAAGCUGGGCAGUUUUGCUUGUUGGAGGAGCUGCGGCUCUCUGAUGUCUCUGGGACAGUUCUGACGACCUACCGACUUCAUGCGAGCGGGCAGAGUAAGGAGUCCUGUUGAAGCAGGAAGAAAAUGGGCCAGACUUCAGUGUCAACCUUCCCCGAGGCUGCGAGCGCUGAUGGACUGGAGAAGUACUCAAUCACAAACUCAGAAGGACUGCCCCCUGGGUCUGGGACACCGCCACUGAAACGGAAAAGCAAGUUGGCGUCCAUCGGCAAAAUCUUCAAACCAUGGAAGUGGCGGAAAAAGAAAGCAAGUGAGAAGUUCCAAGAGACAUCUGCAUUGUUGGAGAGGAAGAUAUCAACAAGACAGAGUCGGGAAGAGCUGAUAAGGAGAGGAGUUCUCAAGGAGGUUGCUGAGCAGGAUGGAAAUACCGAGACAACAUACAGGAAUGGACAUACGGUACCCAUCACACUUGAACCAACAGCAGAAAGCACGACAGACUCUACCCCUCCACCACAAGACCCCUCAGAAACACCAGAAGUCCAACUUUCUCAGGAAGCCCAGCCAUCACCAUUGCCAGCGCCCCAGCUCACUGAGUCCACACUCAUCCCCGCUGCUGCUACUGCUGAAGAAGCCGAUGGUGUUAAAUCAAGCCCCCAGCCUGUGUUAAAGUACCCUCCAGUGCCCCCAAAGCCAAUCUUCUGGAGCCAGAAUAUGGACCAGAACACUUGCAGUUUUACAAUACUCUCCAAUAUGUUGCCUGCACCUCAAUUGCCAGUACUACUUCAUCCAGAGUUGGACACUGAUCAAGCCCAAGACCCGUCACACUUCCCAGGCACGGGGGACAUGCACAGGGAUUCUGGUAAACAUUCCGACUUUCCUACACAACCUCAGUCUCUGCAACAGAGUCAAAGCAUCUCCUUUGGGCUUCCAGCCGUAGUGCACCCAGUGCUGGAGCCUGGAGACCACAACGACAAGGGAAAGGCCGGGACUGGAAAAUCCGAGGUAGCUGCUGACCAAAAGAUCGGUCAGACUGAGCCAUCCCAACAGCAGAAGGGAGCUUCCCCCACUCUGACUGGCAAGCCUGACAUUACCAGUGGAGAAGCAAAUGUGUCCAAGCAGCAGGCAGAGAAAGACCUGACAGCGUCUGAAGAAACCGAGAAAGGCAGUGGCUGUGAUGACGUUGACCGGAGUGAGACAGCUGCCAUUCCUCUCAAGAAGAGCCACGUCCAGCUAGACAGCUCCUCCCCGAUCAUUGUCAUUCCCAGCAUAGCCUAUCGGGAAUCUCCGGGGAGUGACUCUGAUUCCGACAACUCGCUGCAAGACAAGAACGAAUCUGAUGAGUCAGAUGAAGACGAUGAAUGUUUAAACAGUGCUCUCGCCAAUAAGAUACGACGGAGAGACACGCUUGCCAUUAAACUCCGGAACCGCCCAACUAAGCAGGAGCUGGAAGAGAAGAACAUCCUGCCCCGUAAAUCCGAUGAGGAGCGGAUGGAACUGCGGCAGCAAAUUGGGACCAAGCUCAUUCGGAGGCUGAGCCAAAGACCUUCACUGGAAGAACUGGAACAGAGGAACAUCUUAAGAUAUCGAAAUGAAGAGGAGGAACAUGAAGAAAGACUGGAGAUCAGGAGGAGGCUGACUCGCAAGCUUAGCCUCAGGCCAACAGUCGCAGAGUUACAAGCCCGGCGCAUUCUGCGUUUUAACGAGUAUGUGGAAGUGACAGAAGCCCAGGACUAUGAUCGGCGAGCUGACAAGCCCUGGACCCGGCUGACACCUGCUGAUAAGGCUGCAAUACGGAAAGAACUGAAUGAAUUCAAAAGCCGGGAAAUGGAAGUGCAUGAAGAAAGCCGACAUCUAACGAGAUUUCACCGGCCAUGAAGUAAUAAAGGCUCAGGGAGAGAGACUGAAAUUGUCGAGGAUUGAAGACGGUGCAUGAGGCUACACCAGAUGUGUUCUGUGCACCUUCCCUGCCAAGAGGCAGAUGUUCAACAGAGGGCUGACCAUGCAACAACAACAAAACCAUCACACACAAAAAAAAGUUUUAAUAUCUAAGUAAUUUUUUAAAAAAGAUUCUUUCUCUGUGGAGGCAGGCUGGCUUCUUUUGUUGAGGCAGGGGGGUGGGGACUAUGUUGAUGUAAUGGCAAUGGAGAUUGGGGGUUAGGUAGAGAGGUGAUGAUGGUGGGGGAAAUGAAUCCCAGAUAAAGGGGAACUGUUUUUAAAGCUUUCCAGCAAAACAAAUGUCAUUCCCUCCUUGCUGCCAAUGUGUCAGGCAGGUGACCAGUCAGUACUGUGGUGCUUUGUUGUUGUGUUCUCCAGUGUCCAGAACUAUGGUCAGGGUGUUGUCUCCCUGCCAUUAACAAGCUGUUCUCUGCUACCCUCUUGUUCUGGAGGAGGCAAACUGAUUCUGUAAAGGGGGAACCUAUUCCUUCAUGUAACUACAGCAAAUGACUGCUAUUAGCUGUUCAAAACUGCACAGAAAGCUGUCCUGAUGGUAGCUCCAAACCAUACACCACUCAUAUUCUGCAUAAAAAAAACACAUUGAACUAAAAAAAAGCCUCUAGUGUGUGUCUGUGGUGUUACUGGUUUCUCCUCUUACCUCCCCUCCUCCCCUCCUUCUCCCCCCCCACCACCCCCACCACCACCCCAACCCUCUGCUAAUUUUCUAAGCCGGUAAUACUUAUUUAUGGGAUGUGCGGUGACUGCUUUAGUUGCCAAUGUCUGUAACAGAAGAAAAUCUCUAUUUUAUUGUGUCAAGUGGGACAUUUUAAGAUGGGCAUGAAUUGACUGCUCAAUGAGCUUAAUGAGAGCGAAGCCUGAUCCAGACAAGAGUGGAGCUGUAGAGAGGCAGGUCAAUGAUGGUCAGUAACUCUUUCUCACUGGGGGAGGAAGGAGAGCUGGCACUAGGACCAUAGGAAAUGGAACCUAGAUUCUAACCACAUAUUUAACUUUGAAUGAUGGAGAUCAGACUGGGUUCAAGUGGAUUAGAGCCAUUGGCCAUAGAUUUUUUUUUUUCACUCAUUUUCACCCUCAACCCAACUUUCACCACAGCUCCCUCUGCCUCCGAAAUGUACUUAUUCAAUUGGAAAGGGGUUGGGGGCUAGCUGGGCAAGUUGCCCUUGUUCCUGCAGAGCGUUUGGUAGUCUUUUUUUAUUGAGACCUCAAGGACACCUUGAUAAAACGUGUAACCAUGUCCUCUCAUUGUUUUGCUAUGGCCUGACUGGUCACGUUUCCCCACUCUGCUCACUUCCCCAGGGUGUCUUCACUCACUGCCCCAGAUUACAGGGUAGCAAAUGACGGUGAUCUUUAAACCAGAAAUCACCCCUAGACACUCAUGCCUGAAAAUGAAAGGUUUUGAUCUGGGGAAACAAAGUUGGAGAGCCUUCAUGUGAAAGGCUGAUAGAAAGACAGUUAAUGAGCUACAAUCACAACUCACCAUGUCUUACUGCAGAGUGGGGAGCUGGCUAUUUUCAAACCUUGCCAUUGUACCAAAACACCCUCCAACCAUUGUCCAUCCAAUUGACUCGCUUUCUCUUUAGUUCAACAAUUUAGUCUUUCAAGUUUUAUCAAAAUGAAGGAGAGGGGAGAAAUUUGGUAUCUGCUUGUGUACUUUCUGUCUCGGCUCUUGCGUUUGUUAUUUCUAACCCUGGACGGAGGACUUGGAAUUGAGAAGGACCAAAUUUUUUUUCCCAAAUGGUUUGCGAUAUUCAGCCAUUUUUUUUUUUCAAAAAUGAAGAUUCAUGUUCAGUACAGGAGAAACCAUGGUGGUUUGUGGUCAGUCAGGAGGGACAACUGUGAAAAAGGGCAAAGGCUUUGCUAACAAGGGUUGACUGGGGACACUGCUCAGGAGAAUGUUUAUUUUAAUCAGUUGUAGUGGGAUGCCAGAGUUACAAUGGGGAUGACAAUUUUCUCAGAUGGCAAUUGGCUAUCUGCUGUUGAAAUGUAACUUUCCUGUGAAUCCACUGAAGGGAAGUAAGAGAGUAAACGAUUCCACAUCGUUGAAAGAGUGUAAACUGAUUGUGAAUUUAAAAUACUUCUGUAAACUGUGAGCUGGAAAAGAGGAAACAUUGAUAUAUGAUGAAGUUUAUACCCAGUAUGCUGUCACAUGUUGGUACAUGAUGCUGUGGACAUCUAGUACGCUGCCAGAUGAACUGUCAUAUGUUGUACUACAUCCAGAGCUGUUUGAUCUUGCCUCCAAUAUCUGCCGUGCUUGUCCACCCUCCAUUACAACCUGCUGACUCUGGGAA